CUGACGCAGUGUGCAGCUGCUGCCUCACUUCCACUCCCCGCUCCCCGGAGGACGCAGGGCGGCUCUGGAAGCCAUCGAACAGCGCGCUCCUCCCGGACAGCCGGAGCCAGAGGGCGGCUUCAGCGCACAGCGAUGCCGGCUGCGACGGUCCGACAGCAGGCGGAGCGCGGGCCUCAGGUCCGGGCUUGAAGCUGGAGGAUUGGCGUUAUUGUUUGCUGUGUGGCGCAGGAGAGGAGGAUGUCUCCGCAGCCACUCCUCCCAUUUCUUCCACACUUGUUUAUUACCCGAAACCAAGAGGCUGAUUUCUGCCUUCUGACUCUGGGUUUGUUGGUCGGAGAAACUUGGUCCACCAUGCUGCCUGCUCAGGAACCAUGAGAACUCUCAAUGAAAACAACCAGGAGGAGGAGGAGGAGGAAGAGGAGGAGGAGAAUGGGAGCUCUGGGUGCAGCGCCAUGGAGGAAAAGGAGAACAAUCUGAGAACUGCCCGGCUGUGGAGGGAUGCCGCGCUGCGCUCCAGGAAGCUGCGCAGCGACCUCCGCCAGCUAACCCUCUGCUCCAAAAACAACCAGAUCAUCCUACCUGACAACAUAUCCGACGUAGAGGCGCUCAACCUGGGGAACAACUGCCUCCAGGAGCUACCGGACGACCUGCAGUCCACCUUCAACAACCUGCGCAUCCUCAUCCUCCGCAGGAACAGGUUCACUGCUGUGCCCAGGGUGGCGCUGGAGCUGGGCCAGCUGGUGGAGCUCGACAUGAGCCACAACUGUCUGCGAGGCCUUCCUGAUGGUGUAGGGCAGCUGAGGGGCCUGAAGAAGCUGUGCAUCAGUCACAACAAACUCCAGAACCUCCCAGCUCAGAUUGGACUCCUUCAGUCUUUGGAGGAGCUGGAAAUCAGCUUCAACGACCUGCAUGACUUCCCCAGGUCCUUCAGCAGCCUUGGCAAGCUGCGAACUCUGGAUGCAGAUCACAACAAGCUGAACCAGUUCCCCGCUGAGAUCCUGAGCCUGGGUGAGCUGGAGGAGCUGGACCUCUCAGGGAACAAGUUUCAGGCUUUGCCAGCGGACAUUAUGAGGCUGAAGUCCAUCAAGAUCCUGUGGCUGAGUAGCCUGCACAUAUCCUCCUUACCCGACACUUUCUGUCACCUGCACAACCUGGAGAGUGUAAUGCUGGAUGGAAACAACCUCACAGUGCUGCCUUCAUCAUUUGCUCAGCUUAAGAGACUGAAAAUGAUUAAUUUGUCCUCCAACGAGUUUAAGGACUUUCCGCAGGCUAUCAUCCACAUCACGGGAUUAGAGGAACUCUACCUGAGCAGGAAUAAAUUGACUCAUAUUCCAGAGGAAAUCUCUCAGCUGGUGAAGCUGGUAAACCUCUGGCUGGACAACAACAGCAUCACUCAUCUCCCCGAUUCCAUCGUGGAGCUGGAGAAGUUAGAGGAGCUCGUCCUACAGGGUAACCAAAUAGCCAUUCUACCUGAUCACUUUGGGAAGCUGUCCAGGGUUAACAUCUGGAAGGUGAAAGAUAAUCCUCUCAUUCAGCCUCCCUAUGAGGUGUGCAUGAAGGGCAUCCCUUACAUCGCCAUCUAUCAGAAGGAGCUUGCUCAGUCUCAGGUUGCGGUGAAGCCGUGGCUGAAACUGGUCCUGAUGGGGACGAAAAAUGCUGGGAAAAGCCAGCUGAGGCAAAGCUUGGUAGGAAGUGAGACGGACAUCAGGGGAAGCCAGGCAAAGAAAGGAAUCGAAGUCACCAACUGGGUGGCGGACUUUGAGCGCCAUCUAACAUUCUUGGUGUACGACCUGUCAGGGAACCUAAACUAUGACCUCAUCAAACCCUUCUUCCUCUCCCCCGGUGCUCUCUAUCUUCUCGUCGUCAACCUUAAAGCUUAUUCACCCCAGAACUUUUAUGCCAGCGUGGGGUAUUUCCUUCACCUGCUGUGUGCUAAGGUCCCCCACGCGGUGGUGUGUUUGGUUGGCACGCAUGCAGACCUGUGUGGAGAGAAGGAGGUGGAGGAGAAAGCUCUGGACAUACACAGACAGAUCGGCUUGCAGGAGAUGAGUGACAUCCACUGCCUGAGGAGCCUGGUUCAGCAGGUGGACCUCUCUCUGGAGCAAGGCUACAAAGUCCGUACCUCUAGUCCACAUGUCCUCUUCUACGGCGUGAGCGACAGAAACCUGAGGCGCAGGAAAGCCCAGCUGCAGUACAUGCUGAACCAGCGGCUGCAGAUCCUGUCCCCGGUUCUCUGCGUCAGCUGCACAGAGACCCAGAAGAACAUCCAGAGACUGAGGGAGAAGCUCAUGUCCGUUGCGGACCACCGGGAGAUCUUCCCCAACCUUCACCGCGUGCUGCCAAAGUCCUGGCAGAUGCUGGAGGAGUUGCACUUUAAGUCCAAAGAUCUGUGGCUCUCAUGGCGGAGCUCCGCCCGCCUGGGCCUCCAGGCCGGACUGACGGAGGACCGACUGCAGAGCGCCUUGUCCUACCUGCACGAGAGCGGGAAACUGCUCUACUUUGAGGACAGCAUCACACUGAAGGAGUAUGUGUUCCACAAUCUUCCACGUUUUAUUGCAAUCCUUAAUGUCUUCUUUCAGAGGGACAAGUCCACUCUUUUGGACCGGCUGCUUUCUGAGGGGGAAAGGGGGGACAAAGGCAGAGUGAGUCUGGUUAUUGAGGAUGAGAAGGGAGAGAACCUCAGGGUCACCCAUCUUCAGCAACACCUGGAGGGCUUCCUCCAUGACGGGCUCUUGCCUUCCAACGUCAUCCGCCUGCUCCUUCGACCGCACAUCCAGACACAGCAGGACCUCCACCUAAUCAUGGAGCUCAUGGAGAAGAUGGGGAUCUGCUACUGCAUCAACAAGCAGCGCGCCAAGCCACUGAACGGAGCCACGGUGUGGUACAAGUUUCCCAGCUACGUCAGCAGCGAGGAGGCCCGGUUGGAGGACUCCACCGGAGGAAACUCUCUGCCUAUUAGCCCCUUGUUUUCAGUGGAGCAGCUUUACAUCCAAUACAACUUCCCCUUCCUGUUUCCUCCUGGACUCUUUGCACGCUUCAGUGUGCAGAUCAACCAUCACGUGGUGCAGCGGUCAGACGGCAAGUCGCAGAUAUUUGCCUAUCGGGGUAAAGUUCCGGUGGUGAUCAGCCACCAGCCCUCCAAGGGGAAACUCUCCACUGACACACUGUCCAUCGCCAGCCAAGCAUCACUGCCUAACAUCUGGACUGCUUGGCAGGCCGUGACUCCGCUGCUAGAGGAGCUGAACAUGCUCCUGCAGGAGUGGCCUGGCCUGCACUACUCGGUGCAUAUUCUCUGUUCCAAGUGCCUGAAGAGAGGGUCGUCCAACCCGCACGCCUUUCCUGGUGAGCUGCUGAGCCAGCCACGGCCCCAGGAUCUGACUGAGAUCAUCUGUCCAAAGAACGGCUCAGAGCGGGUCGACGUGGCUCUGGUUUACCCCCCCACUCCCACAGCUACAAGCCCCAAGUGACUCCGCCCCCUCCCCCCCCGGCCUGACGCCUCCCACUCUACCUGCUUCUUGUCUCACUGCACCACUGGAGACCCCCCCAACUCUUCUGCCAUCCACCUUCUGCCCCUCCUCCACCUGUUGCUUGAACUGGGAGCUCAUCCAGGUCUCUCUCUGCGUCGCGGCGGUGCAGACUGUGAGGAGCUGCCCAGCAGAAACAAAUCAGCCUUCUGUAGCAUCCAAACCCACCACUGACUGCCGGAGGAAACCCAGUCUGUUCUCCAGGGUUCUGGUUCAUCGUUCUGCUCAUUUAAACCCCGGGAAGCCCUGACCCGCCCCCCAUGUAGUGGGGGGGCUGCUGCUCUGUUGUUCCGUUCAGUGCAGACCCCUGGAUCCCUGUGCUUUGGAACUGGUUUCUAAAUGUCAUUUUAGAUUCCAGGCCAGCAGGUGGAGCCAAAGAUCAGAAAUGUUUCAUGUAAACAGGAGAGAAGACUGUCAGAUCUGAACCACUGAUCUCUAUUUAUUCCCUGAUUGC